GCGAGACACCAGCCAGAGCGAGACACCAGCCAGAGCGAGACACCAGCCAGAGCAGAGACACCAACCAAGAAGAGACAGGAAAGAGGAAAAAGAAGACGGUGUUCGAUGGCGUUCAAUCGAGAGAAAAAGAGACUAGUUAGAAAAAGAUGAGGAACUGAGAAGACAGGAUACUGUGAAAAAACCCGGAUAACCCACUAACCAGGCUUAGAGACAUUGGCAUGAGGAACCACCUGGAGAUAUAAGGAGAAAGAGAAGAGAGCGUUACUGUGAAAAAACAACUACAACUGGUAGACAAGAGAAAGAGAGGCACUUCAGAUGCUCUUUGUGAGGACUGAGUUACACUGAGACUAACAGACCAAACAACCAGCUAACCAACUCACCAUCCUACCGACACCGGCUAACUGACCAACRGACUAACCAACCCACCAACCCAAACGAUAGUCUCUGCACAGUAUGCGRCUCUUCAACAAGGACCUGAGGCUGCAGGACGUGACUCUGAUGUACCUGACCGUCUUAACCACCCUGGUGGUGAUCCUGGUAGCCUCCUACCAGGUAGAUCCUGCUGKCAGCCCCUCCAGGGGAGGAUCCACCCCAACCUCCACCUCCACCCCGGUGCAGCUGCCCUACCACAUGCCCCUGGACCCCCGCGGACACCUCCAGCUCUCUUGGAACAUCUCCUACCCCCUCCAGGAGCUGUACCUGGAGGUGCGCUGCAGCGAGAUGAAACACGGCCUGGUUCUGGGGAUGUCCGACCGCGGGGAGCUCACCAACGCUGACCUGGUGGUCCUCUGGGACGACGGCCACCAGUCCUUCUUUGGGGUAAGGCCCCCGUCCCUGGUGCUCAGGCUGGAUUCUCUCUGCCUGGCCGCCUUCGCCUCUGUGGUUACUGGCCUGACUCUCUGCCGUCUUGUGCACCGCUCCUGGUCUUGCCGACGCCUCUUCGCACUGUGCAACGGCAUGCCUGGAGGUACCGUACACCCGAUCUACGGAGUGUUGGAUCAGCCAAUCCGCUCGCUCCAGCAGCUCAACCUGUCCCAGAUUGAGACGGGAUGCAGGGCCCUCCUGCUGCGCCCAGGAACCCGUCACCCUCCGCCCCGAGACGUACAGAACCUGGACGGUCCGGACCCCGACAUCACCAUCCCACCGCAGAGACCACCUACUUCUUUCUAUUACCCAACUGAUGCAGGGCUGCCUCUAGGAGGACCAGCGUCUUCCAGGUUUCUUCGACUAGAGGUGCACUACCACAACCCACUCCUCAUAUCAGGUCGUAAGGACAACUCUGGGGUGCGUCUCUACCACACCCCCAGCUUAAGGAGGUACGACGCGGGCAUCAUGGAGCUCGGGCUGGUCUACACCCCGGUCAUGGCCAUACCACCCAGAGAACAGAACUUCCAUCUCACAGGAUUCUGCACGUCCAAGUGUACACAGACUGCCCUUCCUCCAGGGGGGAUCAACAUCUUUGCGUCCCAGCUGCACACUCACUUGGCGGGGAGAGGGGUGAGGACGGUCCUGGUGAGGGGUGGAAGAGAGGUGAAGGUGGUACAGGAGGAUAAGCAUUUCAGCACCCACUAUCAGAUAAUCAGAAUGCUGAGGAAGAUGGUGACAGUGCUGCCUGGUGACGUCCUCUUGACAAAGUGUACAUACAACACAGAGGACAGGAGCCAGCCUACAGUGGGAGGCUUUGGGAUCAUGGAGGAGAUGUGUGUGAACUAUGUACACUACUACCCCAGAACUCAAUUAGAGCUCUGUAAGAGUAACGUUGACCCUGGAUACCUGCAGAAGUACUUCAGCUUCAUCAACAGGUUCCAGGGUGGUGAUGCGUGUAGCUGUGGUCAGACCAGUGUGACGGACCAGUUCUCCUCAUUGUCCUGGGACUCCUUCAGUGGAGAGGUGCUGAACUCUCUCUACAACACCGCUCCCAUCUCCAUGGCCUGUAACCAGUCCUCUGCCAAGCUCUUCCCUGGCGACUGGGAAAGGCAGGAGCUUCCUGUUGUGACAUCACAGCUCCAGAGGCCCCGCUACCCGUGUGAGGGGGGCAAGCUGCCCUCCCAGAGCAGUGAGCCCACCGUGGUGCAGCCUGACAGGGGGGAGGAGGUCUGACGCCCCUCUCCUCUGUCUGAAUAUCAACCCCCCUUCUUCUCUUUCUCUCUCUGGUGAUCUAUUUCACCUCCACUACAUCAACAACACAAGGACUAGCAUGAUAUCAGCUCUGUCAUCAUCACAUUCCAGAAUUAUUACACAGUGAAUUAAAACAACAUACUCCAACAUCUCAUUGGACAAUACAUAUCUGGUGAGAAUCUUAAAACGUUGUCACAUUGUUGGGUGAAGAUACUGGUGGAUAAAUAUGAAGCUUGAUUUUACUGGUCGUCGUGGUUUAUCAUUUUAAGCUGUAUGUUAAUCAGUGACAUCAAGAACUGCAUAUCAAUGAUACAUGUUAAAGUCUUCUAAACCUGUCACUUAAUUGAUUUGGACAUAUAGGACCAGUUUCCCAGAGGCAGAUUAAGCCUAGUUCUAGUCCCAUGCUUAACGAAUCACAUUAUUGUCGAUCCCAAAGAAAGAAUUCCUGCAUUGCAUUUGAAAUGAAUCAAUAAAGUGUAUUGAAGAAUUCA